CCCUCCCACUUUUUGCAACCCACAAAAAUAGCUCGAAGAUUAUAAGACAGCGUGCUGUGUCUCAAGGAAAGGUUAGAGUUCUUUACUAGUAUUAUAUUAGUAGCGUACACUGCACUGAAGAGCUGUGAGGAGGAAAUUCUGUGAUUUUUCAAGUCUACAAAAAUGCUUGCCUGUGCUGUUGUACUGGUGAGCUUGAGCAGUCUCCUCUACACUGGAGUUGCUGGACAGAGUCCCUCUCAACUCCCCUCAUUCACCCUUCACCCCCAAUCGUCUGUCAUAGCCUCAGGGGAGACCACUAACCUCACCUGCUCAGCGACUGGCCCCUCCCCCAUCACCUACGGCUGGUUGCGAGACAACUCCCUCAUAGGUGGAGCCAACGUACCCUGGUAUCUUGUUCUGGCCAGUGAUGCAGGGGAAUAUAGUUGCCUAGCGACCAACACUGUGGGAACUGUGACCUCCAGUGUGGCCAAUGUGCAGCAAGCAAUUCUUACACAGAGCUUCUUCUCCACUUCCCCUCUCUCCCCUUACCCAAUCUCCGUGGCUUUGGGCCAAACAGCCGUUAUAUCUUGUGGAGGUUAUACUAGUGUUCCUGACGUACGGAUCUCGUGGGAAAUAUACGAUGAAGACGGAAAUCUUCCACUUAUUGGGACAGAUAAAGCCAUUGCUGGACUGAAUGGAGAGCUGUUUCUUCAAGAUGCUGGUAGCCUGAAUAAUGUGGUCUACGAGUGUGUGGUCACUAAUAGAGACAUUGGAGAGGUGGUGAAUGGAUUUGUUCAAGUCACAGUGCAAGACACACAAGAGGCUCCGUCCAACCCAGCCAUUCUCUCAGCCCCACAAGACAUGGUGGUCAACCAAGGAGACAGUGCCUUCUUUGAGUGCAUUGUAGGAGGACAACCCCUUGCUGCUGUGGACUGGAGUUUCCCCCCUGGGUCCAAUCCUACCACGAAACGACUGAUGCAGAAUAGUGCCAUUCUCCGUGUGCGCUCUGUGGAGUCAGGUGACGCUGGUGUGUACACGUGCUCUGCCUCUGGAGUGGGCACAUUCACCGCUACUCUGUCCAUUGCUGGUUCCCCAGUUAUCACGAGUCCCCUUCCCUCGGCCCUCCAUACUGUAGUGUACUGGUCCCCCCUCACGCUGACAUGUGGGGCCAGUCAGUCUGGAACAUGGCAAUGGUUCUUCCAGGGAGUCAGAGUUGCUGAUGCGACUGGUCCUGUGCUGGAGGUGUCCAACACUGGACUGGAGGAUGCUGGAGUGUACCAAUGCUUCAUCACCAACUCAGCAGGGUUCGAUAGCUCCACUGCCCUAGUGGAAGUGCAGACCAUCCCUGCAUCCAUCACCACCCCUCUCCCCUCGCCACAACUAGCCUUCAUGGAGCGCUCCCUCCAACUUACCUGUGUCGCAGACGGAGCCCCUCCCCCAAGUUAUAUAUGGACAAAAGAGUCCGUCCCCUUAGCCAACAAUUUAGCAUUUGAGGUAUCUGACAGCGGGUUGCUGACGAUAGUAACCGUGGACAUCAGUAGUGGAGGUAACUACACGUGUGUGGCCACCAACGCAGUGGGGGAUCAAGUAGUGGGAUCUGCUUCAACCUCCACUAUUGUCACUGCUAUUGAGCCGACUGUUCUAACAAGUGAGCCUGGAGAUGUAUUCAAGAUCCAAGUGGGUACAACAGCGAUGCUAGUGUGUGAGGCGUCUAGUGACACUGCUGCUCAAGUCACCUUCUCCUGGACCAAGGACGGACAACCACUACAGCUUGGGGCGAGGAUAACUCGUGUCAGCCCCUCCUUGUCGGGCACUGUCAGGUUUGAGGCAGCUCGGAGGAGUGAUGCUGGAGUGUACGUGUGCACAGUCACUACACUAUAUGACGGUAUAAUGGGACCACCAGUGCAGUCUACACCAAUCAACCUCACCAUCAUAGACGCGCCUGUGGCUCCGAUUAUCCUCUCAGUGACUCCCACCUCCUCCAGUUCACUGAACGUCCAAUGGAAUUUCCCGGGCAGUUCCACGAUCCUCCACUCGUACAGGAUAGAGCUACAAACUGUCAAUAACGGACUGGGCUGGUCUGUCAUUCGAACACAGAUGGCUAACCUAGUAACAGUGGCUGACAUUGAAGACCUGACCCCGCACACACAGUACAGUGUACGUAUAGUGGCGGUGUACACUGAGGGGGAGUCCACAGUUAGUGAUGAGAUUGGUGCUCGGACGUUGGCCGACAUUCCUGCUGGUCCACCGACAGAGAUUAGGGCGGAGGCUCUCAAUACAACCACUCUCAGGUUUACCUGGCAGCCUCCUGUCCAGUCCAAUGGCCCCCUCACUGACUACACACUCCAGUAUCGACUACUGAGGGAGCAGAACGAUGUUGAAUUCUCCACCCUCACUGUGGGCAGUGGAUCAGCUCAAACCUUUGUACUGGGGAGACUGCAGCCGUUGGAAAGAUACGAGUACCGUCUAGCUGCUGAGACGUCUAUUGGUGUCGGCCCCUUUUCUGCUGUGCAGCUGGCAGACACCGUAGCCAACACACUCGAGGAACCACCGACUGGACCAUUCUACACUCAGAUAUGGUUUAUAGUAGUCAUGGUGGCGGUGGUAGUUCUGCUUAUAAUGAGUGUCGGUGGGGCGUUUCUGCUUGUCGCCUACGCCACGAAAUACAAGUCCCAAGGAACCUACUCAUUCCACGGCCAACGGUCCAGUGUAGUAAGUGACAGGAACAAGGACAACAAUGAACUGGCUGACGAUGUGUUCAGAGUCUCCUACUCCACUCGGAGCAAGAGAUCAGUAGACCUUGAGCUGAUUGCCUCGAGGAGCGGCAUAGACGGUGAAACUGAUCUAGAAAGCACUGUUGUCGACUCGUACAGUAACCCGUACACACCACAACUCUCAACAAGCUCUCGGAUGAACCUUGUACCCCCAGGGCCGGCCCCUGGUUAUAUAAACCCUCCGUCCUUCGAGGAAGCAAUUAGCCGCCCACGCGCACACUCAUCACACUCACAUCACAGCAGCAUGGCCGGGAAAUCUCCGGCAGAGUAUUGGGAGGAGGAGGGAUCAAAAUCAGUGCUCAUCGAUGAACCUUUGACAGAUUUCGAAGGCGAUAGUAAUAUUAAUAGUAGGGUGGUUGUGAAUGGUGGAUACCAAGAUGACUAUAGACAGCAACCAGCACGACACCAAAUACAUCACACGGGUAGGGGGCACUUGCAAGUAGUGGAUUUUGGCUACGAUCUUGAUGAGAACGACUCGAUAGGAAAACCAUCGUUUGCGUCGUCUGAAGUAACAGAUGCUACAGAGUACAGUCACUUGCAGGCCAUGGGUGAUGCUGCUUACAGCCACCUGGAGACUCCUCAAGCUAACUCCACUGCUAACGCCACCUUUGUGUGAUCAUUCAUCCCCCCAUGCACGCAUUCGCAGGUGUAUAUACUAUUAUACGCAUUCUCAACUGGCCUCUUGGUAUUUAAACUACAUUGACUGUCCUACGUAACUAUACUAUCACGGUUUUUCAUUGCAAUCUUUUUAUAUUAUUAUGACGACUAUAACUUAUUGUACAUCACAUUAAUUAAGUUAUCCAUUAAUUUUA